UGGAGAGGGCGUUGUUCGACUCCGGGCAUUGUGCGCACAGACACGGUAACUUACCGGUACUCGAGGGCUGGGCCCUGAUCCCUGCAGCUCGCGUCGUCAUUGCCCGCAUCGUGAAUUGCACUUUCCAUGAAGAUGGCAAACACAAAGCAAGCCUUGCAUUGUCACUGAUCAAACUUCUCUCGCAUACCCGCCACUUCAGCAUAUUGCUAGCAACCGUGCCGAUUGCCACAUCGACUGUGCUUCGCCAACACAGAGCUCGAGCGCUCCACCACCGCAUCGACAAUCCCACAUCGACAGAACUAGCACCAUGGCGGACGAUAAUGCGACGAUGCUCCAGGAGCUUAGCGGCUACCAGCUUGUGUAUGAGGACUGUCAGAAGCUACUCAGGGUCUUCAAUGGCAAUCUGGAGCAGGCGGCAGACAAAGUCUUUAGCUCAGACAUGUCGGCCAUACACAAGCUCAUCGAUGGGUCAAAGCCAACGUGGGAUGAGAGCGCAUUCGGCGCAAGCCGAUAUGGCGAUGACGCGAACAAUGGCGUGCCUAGCACACGCCCCGGCUCCGCCCUGUCUACACACGCGGGAGAUGAUCUCAUGCAGAGCAUCGAGAGUGGACAAGAAUCAGGCGUCACGGGCAAUUCGAAACCCGUCUUUGGGCCUGCCACACGAAACGACUAUGACCCGAGCAGUUGGUCUAUGGUCCCAGCUACGACUGCUUCUGAAUACAUCGCCGAUCCGGUACCAAGCCAAAGGCAACGAGAGGAGGGCCAACCCGCUAUUCUGAAGCCUUCGCCCAGGUUCAACUACUUCCCAGCGAUGCUCACCAUCCUGCACUCGGUUCCUCAAUUUCGAAAUGCACUCCUAUCGCCCGCAGUGACACAAGACGACUACUGGGUUGGUGAAGAGUGGUGGAAAGGCAAUCCCACCGGGCGGGCACGGAUUAUAGAUGACACGGUCGGAUGGGACGAAGCUUAUGGCCUCGACAUCAUCUACGAGACACAGCGCCUGAUGGCGUUCCUGGAUAACACUGACCGGGCGUACACAACGAUCGAGUCGAUGCUUGACAUGGACGCUUGGAAGCAGCUCGAAGCGCCUCUCUCGACAGAGCCGGACGAUGAUAUGCUGAAACAUCUGUUACUCUGGAGUGAAGCCUACGCUAAGCAGGACCCGGAUUUUGAAAUUGACGGCGUCUUGCGAUCCGUCGUCAAUGCUCAGCAGCAGGUCAACAGCUUUGUCCUGGAUAGUACCGUGACAAAGCGUGUAGGGCGGGACACAGAUAUCUACGACGUGCUUGAUGACACGUUCUUUCCCAAUCCAGAAGGGACCGCUCAUAUCAUGAACAUCAGCAACGUCUUGAUCUUUCGACUGGAAGGGGCUAAGCAAGACACUAGCGAGCUUGGCUGCCGCGUUCCUGCUACCUUGUACGCGGAUAGGUAUCUUGAAAAGAACAAACACAUCAUAAAGUCGAUGUUUGGAGAGAUGGCAGUGCACACGUCCAAGAUCAGUAGUAUCAAGGACCAGGCUGACCGGCUCAUGUAUCACACACCGGCAAAACGCAAUUCAAAGAAGAUCGAGUCUUUGAAGUUGAUCAAGACAAGCAUGAAAGCUUUCGAGCCAAAAACAGACGAAGAUGAAAUCAGCGAAAGGGAUGCCGCAACCCUAUUCCAGCUGCAGAAGUUGCACGAUAGCAUCGAGUGCAAACUGGCCGCCCUCGACGAGCAACAAAAGCAAGCGCAAGAGGCUCUUGAUGGCAUUGCCAUGCAUUUUAAGCCUACCAUCGAUGAUGGUGCUGAAGCCCUCAUUGAUCUUACUGGGCCCGAUCACCCCGAAGGACAGUCUCCUCAGGAUGCAAUGCAUCAUCCUUACCAACUCUGCGGUGUAGCAACCCGGCGCGAUGUGAUCUAUCUUCUCCACCCCGAUACUGCAUCCAACGUCCCUGGUGCGAAGCAGUGGUGGCGCAUACAGUACGACAAUGAAUCGGGCACCGCAAAUAUCAUCCGCGACCGUGUGGACCAGCAACAGGUUCUCGAACGAGCAACCUCGGAAGCCGCGUCAGUACUACUCAUCUACGCCAACAAAGCCGCCAUGUCCGAGAAACCCAUUCCCUUGGCCAAACCACUGGAGGACUUUGUCAAGAAAGACAAGCUGUGCUUCCUCGAGGAACUGCAGAAGAGUCAUGGCCUGGACUCGGGCAAUGCAUGGGAAGACUUUGGGGAUGAGAUGAAGGGAGACUGGGAUAAAGCAAGCAAUCCGCCAGGGUACAAUCACGAUUGGGCUAACAUUAGUUCUCGGCAGUUCCAUGAUGAGAUGAGCAAACAAAGCUCUGGCAUGAGUUCUGCGACACUGACACCCAACACGGAGAUGGACGGGGAAGGCGUGCGUGAGAUGGUCGAAGUCAACGGCGGCAUGGAUGCCAUGGCCGGUCUGCGAAGUGACCCCAUGGCGGUAGACACGCAAGCGAGCCGCGACACACAGAUGGUGGAUGUAAAAGAGAUACAUGCUGAGGAACCGAAGGCCCAGCAUAUUGAGUUCGCGCAGAACAAAGGCGGCUAGAAGGCGCUGACUGCCUCCCGGGUUCGGUUCGAGAGUGCUCCGGA